AACACAAGAAGGUAGUUUUAGCAAGGCGCUUGAGUGCAGGAGCAACAUACCGUGAAUGAACUCUUGCUGCAUUCCUCUCACGCGCUUUACUGGACUUAGUCUUCAAAGCAGUCAGAGGAGCAAGUCCACCCGAGUCAUUUUUGUAGCUUAAAGGACGAGCCCUAAAGUUGAAAGAGAAUCCUUCAGCAUCAGAGGGCUUGGCCACUGAUCUCGGCGCGUGCACCUUGCUCAAUGUUCCCAAGUUCAGGCAAAUACUGAUGAAUCUUGACAGUCUGUGAUUCAAAUCCCUUUUGAUCGGACGUUGAGAUUAGGCGCCACAGUCAGCCAUAGCUCAAGGCGCGCUCGCAGGCUUAACCAACCACCAGUCUUUCGAAGCUUCUGUAAUCCGCAGUAAUUGCUAGAUGGACUCAUUAAACGAAUCCUUGUGCCUGCAAGACCUGGUGGCUGGCGUUGCUUCGCCUCACCACGUCGUUCACGACACUACUGCUAUGCCGGUGAUUGCCACGUCCCAUCCUGCGGCUAUGGGCCCGGUAACACCGUUGGCCCAGGUAUCAGCCGUCCCGGUAUCGGUUCCCCCCUCGGUGUCAGUCCACGGGCUGCAUGCGAGCCAGCUCUCCGUGUCUGGACUCUCUUCCCACCGGCACAGUAUUCAUGAAAACGCCAGCACCCCCUGCUCCAGCAGCCCUAGUAUCAGACAUGACUUAGGUGUGGAACACAAAAAGCGAGACUCAGGGACCAUCAGUGAAAAGUCCAGUCAGGGAAACAUGGACAGUCAGGAAAAUUCUGGUGACGAUGAUCCCAAAAAGAAGAAAAGACAGCGACGACAAAGAACUCACUUCACAAGUCAACAGCUCCAGGAGCUUGAGGCCACGUUCGCUCGAAACAGAUAUCCAGACAUGUCUACCCGAGAGGAGAUAGCCAUGUGGACCAACUUGACUGAAGCCAGAGUUAGGGUUUGGUUCAAAAACCGCAGAGCAAAAUGGCGGAAACGCGAACGGAACGCUGGAGCUGAAUUGAAAAAUGGAUUCGGCACCCAAUUUAAUGGGCUGAUGCAGCCUUUUGACGACGGCCUUUAUUCUGGAUAUUCCUCGUACAACAACUGGGCAUCUAAAGUCCCAAGCCCUCUGGGGGCAAAGAGUUUUCCUUGGCCAGGUUUCAACUCAGUGAAUGUGAAUCCACUAACCUCAGUAGUUCCUAACCAAGGAAUGGGCUGUUUCAAUACAGCCUCCACAGGAAUCACAUCUUCCAGUAUCGUACCAAACGUCAAUAUGCCUGUUAACAGCCUGAAUAAUCCGAUGACCCCUUGCCCCUACGCUACAGCUACGCCUCCUUACGUCUACCGUGAUCAGUGCCCCUCCAUGUCUUCAAGCAUUGCGUCCCUUCGACUAAAAGCCAAGCAGCACACCGCUACUGGGUUCGGCACCUACGCACCCAUGUCACCGCGACAAACACCGACCCUGUCCCCAUGUCAAUAUGCCACCGUGGACAGGCCAACAGUCUAAGUCGCACGACUUCAGUAGACCAUAGUUGUUCCAUUUUAGUCGCAGUGUGUAUGGGCAGAAAAUACUGAAUCAAGUAGAGCAGGAGACUUCUGAUUUUCUUAUUAACAUACUUAUUCUAAAUCAACCUCAACAACCAGAACGUUACAGACUACUUAACCAUCCUAACGUCAAAAAAGACUAGUGACUCUGUGGAAAUGUUAAAAAUUAAAAUCAAAAAUGUGUUAACCCUUUAUCUGAACAUGAAUUCUAAUAUCAAGUCUGAUAAAACGACCUAAAGUUCCUUGUUUUCAGCACAAACUAGUGUUGUUUCUAAGAGGACGUACUUCGAUAAGAGCAGAAGUCAUCUGUUUUUGAAAAGAUGACAUCAUUGUCUAUCUGCUUCAACUGAUAAAAUCACUGGUUGGAAUAAAGAGGAAGUAAAUUAGUAGUAUUAGUAGUAGUUCAAUUCCAGGUUGGUGAGGUUUUGAAUCUUAUGUAAUCCCUCUGGUGGGAGAUUUUGUGGGUAAAUGUCUUUUCUGUAGUCUAUCUUACUGUUGUUGAUCUAUUGUGUAAAGUAUUUAGCAUUAAGCAUAACUACUUCUAAAAAUCUGGUCUGGAAAAGCAAAAUAAAAAAAAACAACAUUUUUUUAUUUAUAUUUUCUGAGUUGAAAUUGUAACAUCAUUACGAUUAUUUUAUUAUUUUAUUUUUGAUAACCAUAUUUAAGGAAAAAAAUAAAAUUUUCCUAGUGUGGAACUCAAUCAUAGAUCCUCAAUUCUACAAUUAUUUUUCAAGAACAAUACUAUACGUGUAUGCAUGUAAUUCAUAGAUUAAAGUUUUGAAAUAAUGUUAAGUCCGAAUAAAAAAAUGCUCCCAGUGAAAACUUCAUUUAAAAUUCACCCGAAGUACUUUAGACAAAUGAACUAUAAUGAGACACACUAUUGUAGGCUUAGAUUACUAAUUUCUAUCUUUAUACGAAAAUGAAUUGUACCAUUUCGCAAUGUUCCCACGAGAAUCUUUUACGGUAUAAACUCUCUAUACUCUGAUUUUCAUUUUUUGCAGCAUAUCAAACUUGUUUCUUAAACUUCACGGCACAGAUCUUUCGUAAUUUAGUAAACUAAGUCUGGAAAUUCCGCGUAGUUUGUAUAUGAUUCAUACACUUGUUGCUAGGUGACGGUAAUAUCUUGAUUUGCAUAGUAUUUGGACAUCAGUUGUCAGAUAACAAAAUUAGCAAGCUCCCUUAGUGUUCGUAUGCCGCUUAUUGUGUGAAACUAGUAACAUAUCCACGCUAUUAUUUAUAAAACAGUUGCUAAGUAACAACAAUAGAGUAACUCAUUGAUCAUAAGCCAGUUUCCAGAUAAUAAUAAUAAUAAUAUAAAACAUCUAAUAACCAUAUUCUAGUUGAAACCUAACGAAAUUGUCCCCCGAUGUGCCAGGGGUAGGUUUGCGAAAUUACAACGCUAAAAUCCUAAUCUCGAUUCCCUGCAGUGGACAGAGCACACACAGUCAAUUGUGUAGUUUGCGCUAAAAAACAUCAAUAAUAACUCACCUUGUGUUAAUAAGUGAGUUGCUUGAUGACGCUAAUAAAGAAAUCUCCCCAAUGACUGCUUUAACCUUAAUGUUUUAUAUAUACCAGAAAAGAUUUUGCUUUUGCUAUUUCUCCACCAGAGGGUAGAAUUUUUACUGGCUUAUGCCAGUAUUUUCUGCUAAAUCAAGAUACUUGCAAUUAGAGGGUUUUUUAGUCAGACUUUCUUUUCUGUCCAAGUAUUUAAAUUAAUAUUCCCAGCACAGUUUUGAAGCGUUAUUACUGAGUUUUUUAAAUCUGCCGGGUGUAGUCUUAGUUCUCUGACACCUUUAACAGCUGACACUUAGCUUUAAAGUAAAUUAUUUUCUGUUGGGUUUUUAAGUAAUUUCCUAUUUUUGUUUCAGUGUAUUUUAUGAAAUAUACAGCAGGUUGACGUGGACGAAGACGGAAAUAAGAGCGAUACUGACAAAAGCGUAAAUGUGGAAUUGUAGCGACAUUACGAGGUUCUGUAUAAUAACAAUAAUUUUAAUUAAUCCUAAACACCUAUAUGAUGGCUUAUAACGUUAAAAAAAGGGUUUCGAUACC